AUGAGUGAAACCAAAUCCCACGCGGUCACCGAUUUUGACCGUCCGCACGCCGGGCCCGAUGGCCUUGAUGAUACCCACACCUUCGUGGCCCAGGACUUGGCUUGUCUUCAGGUAGUGUUCAUCUGUUCCGCAGACGCCGGAUGCGAGGGUCUCGAUGAAGACUUCGUUGUAUUCGAGGUCGCUAGAGACUUUGUCGCUGACGAUCUUGCCCUCGGGAGAGCCGCGGAAGACAUCAGUGAAAGAGUACUUCCAGCCCGACAUGCCCGACGUCGGAUGGCCCCCCGAGGCCGGAUUAUGACCGCAUGUGCUCGGUGUCAGAAACGGAAGAUUCGAUGCGACGGAGUUACUCCCGUCUGUGGGGGGUGCCAACGAGCCCACGUGGAUUGCGUUGAAGGAGUUUCAGUCCGUGACAUUUCCCGAAAUUACGUCGAUGAGCUAGAAGCGCGGAUAGAAUGGCUGGAGUCCAUCAUCCGGGAGCACCUACCAAACAUUGACCUCCACAAACCUGAUGAACCUGAGGGACGUGUUCCCUUGGACCGUCAUCGUGGCUCGGUUUGCAGAGGAUCGAACCCUUCCACUGCUCCUGAAGCACAUACUUCCCAAAUUGGGAAUGACAAGGAUGACUGGGGCCCAGCGCGUGACAUUAUGGAUCAACUUGGACUGGUCUCGAUCAACGCAGAGGCGGAUCUUCGAUAUUUGGGCCCUUCCAGCGGGCUUUUCUUUACCAGGUUCGUGCUAACCGGCCUUGGACGACGAGCCGGAUUGGCACAAGAAUCAGUUCCCCCAUCCGGAGGAACCAACUUCAUCCCUGCUGAGCUUCUCGAUAUUCAGCCCAAAGGUCUUCCAUCUGACCUAAAACAGGCCCUGUGGUUGACACAGGCGUAUUUCCAAGCAGUCCAUGGGCAAUUUCCGUUCCUGCAUCGACCAUCUCACCUGGACCUUCUGCAAAAGGCUUACAAUGGCAUCGAACUCCUCCCGCCCAUCGAUCAAUUCCAGCUCUACAUGGUCCUGGCUAUUGGGGCCACUAUUCGAUCGCAACAAGUGAAGAUACUUCUUUCUGCAGAAGGAUACUGUGCCUCGGCGAUAGUCCACUUGGACACCAUUUUCCAGAAAUCGUCGGUGCGCGGCGUACAGUGCAUGCUGCUUUUGCAGAUGUACACAUUUCAUAAUCCGUCCUCGGCGAUUAGUUUGUGGACACUGCAUUACCAUUGUCUAGCUCAUGUGUUGGAACUUGGUUUGCAUCGUAAUGUUCGAGGCUCUGCUUUUACCGAGUUCGAUCAGGAGAUGCGCACCCGCGUCUUUUGGUGCGUGUAUACAAUGGAUCGUUACCUGUGCACUUCACUCGGUAGGACAAUAGGUAUUAUGGAUGAGCAAUGUGAUCUGAGGAUAUCUCGCUUACCACACGACAUCAACGACGAGGACCUAGAACCAGACCAACCGAUUCCAAAUCAACCCUCUACACCAGGGAUAACCGACAUGUCCAGCGCGAUCCACCUCUUCAAACUCGCUCGCUUCAUCGCCGAAAUAAAAUGCGUUCUAUAUUGCAUCGACCGAAAACACACCCCUUACACGCAACCCACCAUCACAGACCCCAACCACUGGCAACAAGAUAUACUUCACCGUCUACGGCAGUGGAAAGCAACCAUCCCUCAGCAUUACCCACAAAGCCCAUCGUAUUAUCUAAACAGUCUGCUCGAGAUCAGAUACUAUGAGUUAGUGAUGUUGGUCGUACGCCCCAGUCCUCUCUUCCCAUACCCGUCCAAGACCUUGAUCAAGUUGUGCUUUGAUUCCGCCUUGGAAUGCACAAGGCUUUACCGCCAGCUAUACAUGACCAGUAUGUUGCACUAUAACCGGACGAUUGUGCAAUCGCUGUUUCUAUGUACGAUCACUAUAUUUUAUUGUAUAUGGGCACCAAAUGGAUUAGAAGAGGAGAAAACCACCCUCGAAACCGUCUUACCUGCCCUAAAGUCCGCUUCGGAUAUCCCCAGCGCCACCGGGGAAUGUUGGCUUGAAGUGAAACGGACUCGCAAUGUACUGGAUUGUAUCACCAGGGCUACGGUAGGCCGGUUCUCUAGGAGACUUGGUCAAUCAUCGGCAUCGAUUCCAUCAGGAAGUAACGGGACCUUGCACAAUAAUAUAAAUAGUCAAGGGGUGUCGAUAAUGGACUUGCCUACAACUACCUUGAAUGAUGGGUCGUGUACCGAUGGCAUCACUGGUAAUGGUAAUGCAGGGCCGGUCUCGGUAGAUCCCUACUAUGUGCCGGCGCAGCAGCCUGAUGCUACACCUGAGCUCUUGUCUUUUUUCAUGGAUCCUCAGCCGGAGUCGGCGAUGGAGUUGUUGGAUUUCUCAUGGGAUGUGUUUGGUGGGGUUGAUGAUGCAAUGCAGGAGAUAAUAGCUGGUGCGUCAGCAGAGUGA